GUGGUGCAUUCAUAAAAAGCUUCAAGGCCAGCCAAUUUCAUGUUAUAAGAUAUUUCUAAUAAUCGUUUCAAGCGGAAAUUAUACCAUUAUUUACACCAGAAAUCUAGGAUUAUGGAAGAAUUACCUAACUGGCAAUUAUCUGGAAUCGCAGUUUCCCGCGCUUUUCACCUAACAAAGUGCACGUGUUUGAUGGGUGGAUUUUAGGGUAUAUUUCAUCUAUUUUCUUAUUCAAUUAUAAAGAUAAUAAUUAGACAGGUAUUAAGGCCACAUCAACUGCUUUCUGUGCUGGUGUUUCAAUACCCUUUCUUGAGAUUCAAGCUGCAUUGCUUUGUUUUUGGGUUGAAAGAGAACCGCACUUCAACUUCAUCUGUUGCUAGGAAUCAUGUCGGACAUGAACCCCGACUCUCCGACGUCACCGUCGGCGGUGCUCAGCUCGCCCGAGUCGCGCGCCACGCCGUCCUCACGGCUGGGCCGGCGCCGGCGCGUCAGCCGCGGCUCGACCACCGGCUCCCUGGACGCGCCGUUCGAGGACGACCAGUCGGUGGGCGCGGCGGCCGACCUCGACCUCGACCGAGAUGAAGAGGAGGAAGACGGAGAGGAGCUGUUCGGAGAUGCCAUGGAAAAUGACUACCGGCCGAUAUCCGGUCUGGACCGGUACGAACCGGACAUGCUGGACGACUCGGAGGUGGACGCCAUGAGCGAGACGGGCCGGCGCGCUGCCGAGGCUGCCAUGCGCAAACGCGACCGCGAUGAGGGCCGCACCGCCGGCGGACGCAUGCGGCGCGGACUGCUAUACGACGAGUCUGACGAGGAGGAGGAGGACCGUCCGUCCCGGCGGCGCCGGCUGGCCGAACAGGCGGCGGAGGGCGGCGCUGAGGGUCCCGAGGACCAGCUCGAGUCUAUCGAGAAUCUGGAGGACCUGCGCGGCCACACCGUCACCCAGUGGGUCACCAAGCUGGGCCCGCGCACCGAGAUCUACAACCGCUUCAAGAACUUCCUGCGCACCUACGUGGACGAGAAGGGACACAAGCUGUAUAUGGAGAAAAUUCGACAGAUGUGCGAAGAGAACCGUUCCAGUCUGAACGUGGACUACAAUGUGAUCGCUCUGAAGGAGUGGGUACUGGCGCUGUUCCUGCCGGAGGCGCCCACAGAAAUGCUGGCCAUCCUGGACCAGGCGGCCAAGGACGUGGUACUCGGACUGUUCCCACAGUACGAGCGCAUCUCCAAGGAGAUCCACGUGCGCAUCACCGAUUUGCCCCUCAUGGAGGAUAUCCGGUCACUCAGACAGCUGCACCUGAACCAGCUGAUCCGCACCAGCGGCGUCAUCACCGCCGCCACCGGCAUCCUGCCGCAGCUGUCCGUCAUCAAGUUCGACUGCAACAAGUGCAGCUACGUGCUCGGCCCGUACGUGCAGGGCCAGAGCAACGAGAUCAAGCCCGGCUCCUGCCCCGAGUGUCAGAGCAACGGACCGUUCCAGGUGAACACGGAGGAGACGGUGUACCAGAACUACCAGCGAGUCACCAUCCAGGAGUCGCCGGGACGGGUGGCCGCCGGACGGCUGCCCCGCUCCAAGGACGCCAUUCUGCUCGGCGACCUGUGCGACACAUGUAAGCCGGGAGACGAGAUCGAGCUGACCGGCGUCUACACACACAGCUACGAGGGCAGUCUCAACACCAAGCAGGGAUUCCCCGUGUUCGCCACCGUCAUCAUGGCCAACCACAUCCUGAAGAAGGACGACGCUGCUCUGGCUCGCACCCUGACAGACGAGGACGUGCGGGCCAUCACCUCGCUCUCCAAGGACCCGCGCAUCGCCGAGCGGAUCGUGGCCAGCAUCGCGCCAUCCAUCUACGGACACGAAGACAUCAAGCGCGCCCUGGCACUGGCCAUGUUCGGCGGCGUCUCCAAAAACCCCGGACAGAAACACAGGGUGCGUGGUGACCUGAACAUACUGCUUUGUGGCGACCCCGGCACAGCCAAGUCGCAGUUCCUCAAGUACCUGGAGAAGAUCGCGCCACGGGCGGUGUUCACUACUGGACAGGGCGCUUCGGCUGUCGGUCUGACUGCCUACGUGCAGCGCUCGCCGGUCACCAAGGAGUGGACGCUGGAGGCCGGGGCGCUGGUGCUGGCAGACAAGGGAUUCUGCCUGAUUGACGAGUUCGACAAGAUGAGCGACCAGGACCGGACGUCGAUCCACGAGGCCAUGGAGCAGCAGAGCAUCUCCAUCAGCAAGGCCGGCAUCGUGACGUCGCUUCAGGCGCGCUGCUCGGUGGUUGCCGCUGCCAACCCCAUCGGAGGACGCUACGACCCCAGCAUGACGUUCGCAGACAACGUGGAUCUGACUGAGCCGAUCCUGUCGCGUUUCGACGUGCUGUGUGUAGUACGAGACACCGUGGACGCGGUACAGGACGAGCGGCUGGCCCGCUUCGUGGUCGGGUCGCACGUGAAAAACCAUCCGCUCAAUACGGAGGACGAGGAGCAGCAGCACCAGGAUGACAUGCCCCAGUCUGGCACGAACCUGGCCGGUCUGGAGAAGAUUCCCCAGGACCUGCUGAAGAAGUACAUCGCUUACGCCAGGAACCGCGUCAACCCGAAGCUGAACCAGAUGGACCAGGACAAGGUGGCCAAGAUGUACAGCGAUCUGCGUAAGGAGUCCAUGGCGACGGGCAGCAUCCCGAUCACAGUACGUCACAUCGAGUCGGUGAUCCGAAUGGCCGAGGCCCACGCCAAGAUGUACCUGAGGGACUACGUUCAGGAGGACGAUGUCAACAUGGCCAUCCGCGUGAUGCUGGAGAGCUUCAUCGACACCCAGAAGUACAGCGUCAUGAGGAGCAUGCGCAGGAACUUCUCGCGCUACCUGGCGUUCAAGCGGGACAACAACGAGCUGCUGUUGUUCAUCCUGCGCCAGCUGAUUCACGACCAGGCGGUGUACCAGCGGAACCGGUACGGCACCGAACAGGAGACGGUCGAGGUCUCCGAGAAGGACCUGGCCGACCGCGCGCGACAGAUCAACAUCCACAACCUGCAGCCGUUCUUCACCAGCCAGCUGUUCAGCGCCAACAGCUACCGCUACGACGACAAGCGGAAGAUGAUCGCCCAGUCCAUCUAGACGCGUCCGAAGGUGGGAGAGGGCUGUUGUGUUUGAGAGAGAUACGGGGGCCAAUGGCUGAUGCCAUAGUGUGCUGACCAAUGGUCAGUUCAUUUGGAGAGAAAAAUGUGACCAGUUUACAAAGGAGGAAAGAACGUGCCUUCAUGUACCUUCCAUAGAUAUCUUUUGCUGAUGACCUGUGGCUUGUGCUGCUUAGCAGCGUGGGCUAAACGUAUUUUCAGUCGUUAGAAUGCUGAUAAAUCCCAUCAGCGCUUCGCCCAAGACGUUGGGAGGCCAUCGUUUAAAGUGUUUUGUACAGUGACCAUGUUUUGUAAUAAAACACCGAAAGGACA